CUUGUCCUGUAGGUGUAGCCCGUCUGGUUAGACGUUCUUACGGGCAACUUCUUGUGGAGUUGUUGCCAGCACAGAGAUCUACAGGCCAAAAACCAGACCUUAGAGACGAGCGAAAAGAAGUUACGUUAGAUUCAAGGAAACUUCAGCGGACAUAUGAGAGUAUUCGCGUGAAUCCACGCACGAGACGUUACAGCUCCGACAUGUUCACGCGCGGAUCAAAGAAGCGACGCUCCAAUCGCUCGACAGAGGAUGAGGAUCCGGACAGGGGACAGCCAUGUAUGCGCUGUGGAGAACAGUGUCCUGGCUUCCGCAUGCACGGAUGGAGGAAGAUCUGUGUGCACUGUAAGUGUGUGCGGGAAGAGCAUGUGGUGCGCUCGGUGCCCGGCCAGCUGGAGAGAAUGAUGAUGAAGCUGGUGUCAGACUUCCAAAGGCACUCCAUAUCUGACGAUGACUCGGGCUGCGCCUCGGAAGAAUAUGCCUGGGUGCCGCCCGGAAUCAAGCCUGAACAGGUUUAUCAAUACUUCAGCUGUAUUCCAGAGGACAAGGUUCCAUACGUGAACAGCCCAGGAGAACGAUAUCGUAUUAAACAGCUCUUACACCAGCUGCCAGCUCAUGACAGUGAGCCUCAGUACUGUAACUCUCUGGAUGAAGAAGAGAAGAAAGAAUUGAGGUUAUUCAGCCAGCAGAGGAAGAGAGAGAAUCUGGGCCGUGGCAUUGUACGACUUUUUCCGGUCACCAUGACAGGAGCCAUCUGUCAACAGUGUGGAAGGCAGAUUUGUGGUGGCGACAUAGCGGUGUUUGCGUCACGGGCAGGUCACGGCUCCUGCUGGCAUCCUCAGUGCUUCCAGUGCGCUUCCUGUAACGAGCUGCUGGUAGACCUCAUUUACUUCUACCAGGACGGACACAUCUACUGCGGCCGGCACCACGCUGAACGCAUCAAACCCCGCUGCCAGGCCUGCGACGAGAUCAUCUUUGCGGACGAGUGUACAGAGGCUGAGGGGCGGCACUGGCACAUGAAGCAUUUCUGCUGUUUUGAGUGUGAGACGGCACUAGGGGGUCAGCGGUACAUCAUGAGAGAGAGUCGGCCCUACUGCUGCUGCUGCUAUGAGUCACUGUACGCCGAAUACUGCGACACCUGCGGAGAACAUAUUGGUAUAGACCAGGGCCAGAUGACAUAUGAGGGCCAGCACUGGCACGCCUCUGAAGCGUGUUUCUGCUGUGCCUGCUGUCGGCUCCCCCUGCUGGGCAGACCCUUCCUGCCUCGCGGAGGACUCAUCUUCUGCUCCCGCUCCUGCUCGCUGGGGGAAGACCCAGACAACUCGGACUCCUGCGAUUCUGCCCUGCAGAGCAAAUCAGUGUCACAUAAGCCUGUUCAUAAUCCACAGCGUAGUUCCACACCGCGGCCACAGGGGGGAACCAGUGUCACUGCCACCACCUCUAAAGUUAGCACACGGAAGAAUGCAGUCAUAGCAACUACUACAACAACAGAGAAUGGGGGUCAUUUUCCACUGGAGAGCAAAGGUGUUCACACAUCAUUCCCUCCUAUACCGAAUGGUGAACCUCCACCGUAUGGACAAACUCGCACACAACACUCAAAUCUUUCCUCUCAGCUCUGUCCAGUAGCCAGUGACAGGGCAGCAUUACAUUGCAAGGACCAAUUGAGCAUCAGCACACACCAAGUGAAUCACCAGACAGCUCUGGAGUUUACAGUGGAGCUGAAUGGAUACGCAGAAUUUGGUCCUUUCCCACCAAACUGCACGUCUAGGGGGACUUCCACUGCAAAGGACUGUGGGAACAUCAUCGAGAGCAGUUGUACAGGAAUUUCCUCUCAACUUGAGUCUUCAGAUGCAUUUGAUGAUCUAAAUGACUCCGACUCCUUUCCGCCCCCUCCGCCCCCUGUUUUCUUUGAGCCGUCUGAUUCACCGACACCUUCGGACUCCCUGCCCGGUGUCGCUGAUGCCGAAGAAGUCCCUACAACACCUGUCCGCAGCAGCACCGCCAGGGUCAGCUUCAGAGAGCCAAUCAGCUGUAGUUAUUCAGUGGAAGUGGAAGAAUGGGAGGAAGAGGAAGGGGUGGAAAUGGAGAGAAGAGAGGGAGAGGAUGAGGAGCAGGAGGAAGAUGGAGAAGAAGUGGAGGGAAGUUUGGGACAUAGGUUGCGCUUUUGCACUGAAGAACCAUCUCAAAUGGACCUGCUAGAUGGGUCGUACCACCGCAGUUUCCGUCGGGGAAGUGGUGGCCACCAUCCCAUGGAGAAGCACAUCAGACGUUCCAGAGGUUCGCGAAGCGACAGACCUCGUUUGGAAACUCUGGAAUGGCGGGAAGGGGACCGCAGGCGAAACGGCAGCCUUACCCUGCACUCCACCCGCUCCAGACACGAAGACUCCUGCUCCACCUGCUCCUCUUCCUCAGACUCAGAGGAGGAAGGCUUCUUUCUGGGCCAGCGCAUUCCUCUACCGCCACAGCUGACGGGUGGAGAGAGAGCAGGAGAAGGACAAAAAGAGGACGAGGACAAGAGCAGAAGAGGAAGUUUCAGGAGGAGAAGGACACAGAGUCUCAGUAGAAAAGACAAGGACAAGAACUGCAUACUGUCCUGAGACAAAGUUCAAAACUGGAAAUUUUGGAGGGAUGAAAACUCAUAUCACAUUACAACUCUCUAAACCAACAAGCUGCUCGGUCAAGAACAAAGUUUAUGAGUCACAUUUUGUAUGAUAAAAAUAGAAACUAUCUUACAGUCUGUGGGUCUGUGUACCAGUAUUUUUAUAGAGGUUAUGUAAUAUCUAAUAUAUCAGUAUCAAGAUGCUUAGUCAAAUUUACUGGCAUUAUUAUUUGGGCCGAGGAACAUUUCUAAUCUUAAUUUUCUUCAUUGUAGGAAAAGUAGGACUACGGUUUCUUAAUGUAUGCGAAAGAACUAGAUAAAUAAUAAUUAUAUUUUACAUUUCUUUACAGCUAAAUGUCUGUUCACACCAACACGAAUAUUCGGUCAGAUUUAGGGGCUGUUUACACAACACCAUUUUCAAGUAACAGAAAACUUUUUACGCGUUUUGGCCGUUCAUUUACACAACAACGCGUUUGGAGGGCCUGAAAACGCACAUUUUUGAAAACAGGUUUCAAAGUGCAAGUUUUUGAAAACAAUACCGUUAUUGUCUCUGUGUAAACCACAAAAAAACAUGAGUAUUACGUGUUCAGUCUAUAGGCUCGUAGUGUUUCUUUACAAAGAAACAUCUCCACCUACUGGCCUGGCAUACAUAAUACAGCGCUUUAAUCUUUUUUGUAGAUCGUUUUGACGUCUAUACGUGAAAAACCACGAUUUCAGAUUUUUCCUCUGCUAUUCAUUGCUGUUUAGCAAAAUAGUCUGUUUGUGAGCGCUCUGUGUUCAUCCAAACAGACACAUUAACAGCCGUUCAUUCAAAAUUAAAUUGUUAAUUGCACCAAAUUUUCGCACAGAAUAUUUGCCUUGAAUCAGAGCCAACGUAACUAUGUUCGAAAUGGAAUAUAAGCAUACUGCACAGUAUACACUGUGUCCUGCCUACUAUUUUUAAAUAGUAUGCAAAACAGUAUUUAUGUAACAAUAAACAUUGCAACAGUAAUAUGCUUGCAUUACCUCAUAAAAAGUUCUUACAUUUUUAAAUCUAAUUCAAAUUAAAACACCAUUUAGUGAUCAAAAAACAAGGAGAUGUUAAAAAUCGCAGCAGAUGUGACUUAGAGUUCAUUUGUCGCACUGAAAAUGUGAGGUCACAUCAAGCACACUGCACAUUUUGACAAAUGUAGUACAUCAUCCAGGUAUGCCAUGCACAUGGAAAAUAUUUAUUUCUAUGCACAGUAUACAGUGGUAGUACUCUAUUCCAAACACAGCCUGUGUGUGGGUGAAAAUCAUUCAAGAUAUUCAGCAAAAACAUGAGUGUUAUAGUUCUGAAAUAUGUUUUAGUCCUUAAAGCCCCACAUCUGCUAAAGCCAUAGUACAAGUUAACAUUUGAAGUGCUAAAUCUAAAACAAACUGCUUAAACAGGUCAAUUGUUGUUGCUUGUUUGACAGGUUUUGAAAGGGCUGUGUAAUUUGCACUUGCUUAAGGUUUAUCUAAGUGAAACUUACUGAAAUGCAAACACAAUGUUGAGUUAUUGUAUUUGAGCAUAUACUGUAGAACAAACAGAAGUCAACAUGGCCGUAUCAUAACAGAAUGUAGGAAAAUAUAUUCUUUGUCUCUUCAUCAACUGUAUUAUAUGUAAAUAUUAACAUUUCAAACCUCUCUGUGUGUAAAUGAGAGUUUAAAUAAAGACACAUGACUUUCACUUUGUGUACUGCAAAAUAGAGAUCAAAGAAUUGUAUGUUAGAAUUGUAUUUUUAUAAACAACACGGUGAUGGUUUUAUAUUCUUGUCAAGAUGCUUUCUGGCUUAAUAUAAUUUUUAGAAACUUUUAAAAAGUUAUCUUUUUGAAUGAGAACAAAUAAAACACUUGAACCUGAACAA